GAAAACGUGUUUUUUGUUAUUAUUUUAGUGGAAAGCGUGUAUUAUUUUCUUCAGGUGACUUAACACACAACACAGGCUACAUAACACAACAGCGGUGCAGUAGCAUUACUAAUUUUAUAGAAAAAUGGAAAAAUGACUCUAUUUUUCUUUUAAGCUUCUGAAAAUAAAGAUACAUUCGUUCUAGCAUCUGCAGUGUUUCCGAUAGAAGCGUGAAACUAACUUCAGGGAACGUGAUAAAGAUACUCGAGCGAGUCUCUCGUGACCGUGAGGUAAAUAGAGACUGAGAGGGUAAAUAGUUCUGUCUCUUUAAGUUGGUGUCAAAGCCGAUUAGCGCUGAUCUCGGUCGUGAUUCUGUUGUACCGUCUGCUCACUCUAUGUAUUUUUUGUCUUACGUCCCUGCGCGCAGUUUAAACCAUAUUUUUAAGAAUAUUUAUUGACUCUUUUACUGUAUUUUCGCUUUUUUUCCCCUACACGCGCACUCGAUUAUACAGCUGUGCGUAAUUACGCGUUACGCGCGCGUCUAGAAUCUCCUUUACGCGCUUUUGGUUGGACUUUAGAUCAUCAUCUCUGGCUGCUGUGUGUGAGGAUGAUGAUGAUAAUGGACUCAGUGUGACAAUCGGGGCUUUAAGAUGCAGAAGAGCGUGCGUUAUAAUGAAGGACACGCGCUCUUUCUGUCCAUGGUCGCGCGUAAAGAGGGAAUUAAACGUGGGUUCUUGAGUAAAAAAGCCGCAGAAAACAACCGCUGGAACGAGAAGUACUUCGCGCUUUACCAGAACGUGCUGUUCUACUUUGAGAACGAGCAGAGCACCAGACCAUCUGGGAUUUAUUUGCUCGAGGGAUGCUCCUGCGAGAGGAUUCCGGCUCCAAAAGUGUCCACCGUUGGGAAAGAGAGCUCCGAUAAACAGCAGCAUUAUUUCCUGGUGAUUUUCGGCCACGAUGGGCAGAAACCUCUGGAGCUGCGGACGGAAGAGGACGCUGAUUGUAACGAGUGGCUGGAGGCCAUUCAACAGGCCAGUUAUUCAGACCUGAUCAUAGAGCGGGAAGUUCUCAUGCAGAAAUACAUCCAUCUGGUGCAGAUCAUGGAGACGGAAAAAGUGGCGGCAAAUCAACUGCGGACACAACUGGAAGACCAGGAUACAGAGAUCGAGAGACUGAAGGCAGAGAUCGUUGUUCUGAAUAAAACAAAAGAGCGAAUGUUGCCCUAUCAGUCCAAUCAAGAGGAAGAAGAUCCAGAUAUCAAGAAAAUCAAGAAGGUGCAAAGCUUCAUGCGUGGUUGGCUGUGCAGAAGGAAGUGGAAGAUUAUCGUGCAGGACUACAUCUGCUCGCCUCACGCUGAGAGCAUGAGGAAGAGAAACCAGAUCGUCUUUAACAUGGUGGAAGCUGAGACGGAGUACGUGCUCCAGCUCUCCAUCCUGGUCAACUGUUUCCUGAGGCCGCUCAGGAUGGCGGCCAGUUCCAAAAAACCGCCUAUUAGUCAUGACGAUGUCAGCAGUAUCUUCCUCAAUAGUGAGACGAUAAUGUUUCUCCAUGAGAUAUUCCACCAAGGCUUGAAGGCUCGGAUUGCCAACUGGCCAACCUUAGUUUUAGCGGAUCUCUUCGACAUCUUGCUGCCAAUGCUGAACAUUUAUCAGGAGUUUGUGCGAAACCAUCAGUACAGCUUGCAGGUUCUGGCCAACUGUAAACAGAACCGGGACUUUGACAAGCUUCUGAAGCAGUAUGAAGCAAACGCUGCCUGUGAGGGCCGAAUGCUGGAAACCUUCCUCACCUACCCCAUGUUUCAGAUCCCACGAUACAUCAUCACCCUUCACGAGCUUCUCGCACACACACCUCAUGAACAUGUCGAGCGCAAGAGUCUGGAAUUUGCCAAAUCCAAACUUGAGGAACUGUCCAAAAUGAUGCAUGAUGAAGUGAGUGACACAGAAAACAUCCGCAAGAACCUCGCGAUCGAGCGAAUGAUCGUGGAGGGCUGUGAUAUUCUGCUGGACACCAGUCAGACCUUUAUACGGCAGGGCUCUCUGAUUCAGCUGCCCUCUGUGGAGAAGGGUAAACUGAGUAAGGUGCGUCUGGGCUCGCUGUCGCUCCGGAAAGAAGCUGAACGCCAGUGUUUUCUGUUCACUAAACACUUCCUCAUCUGCACACGUACAUCCGGCGGCAAACUGCACCUGCUCAAACAAGGAGGCACGCUGUCUCUGAUCGACUGUACGCUUAUCGAGGAGCUGGACGCCAGUGAUGAAGACUAUAAUGCUGCUGGUCAGGGAUUCAAUCAUCUGGAGUUUAAAAUAGUGGUUGAACCUGCCGAUGGUCCGUCGUUUUCUGUGGUUCUGCUGGCUCCGUCUCGGCAGGAGAAAGCUGCCUGGACCAGCGACGUGAGCCAGUGCAUUGACAACAUUCGCUGCAAUGGCCUGAUGACCAGCGUGUUUGAGGACAACUCUAAAGUCACCGUGCCUCACAUGAUCAAGUCUGAUGCCCGACUGCACAAAGACGACGUGGACAUUUGCUUCAGCAAGACGCUGAACUCCUGCAAGGUUCCUCAGAUCCGUUACGCCAGCGUGGAGAGACUCCUGGAAAGACUGACCGACCUGCGCUUUCUGUCCAUCGACUUCCUCAACACCUUCCUCCACACCUACCGAAUCUUCACCACCGCUGCUGUGGUGAUGGACAAACUGGCCGACAUAUACAAGAAGCCCUUCACCUCCAUACCGGUCAGGGUUCAGUCUCAUUCCUCCGACCGGUUGUCCAUCUCCUCCAUCUGUCCAGACUACAGCCUGAACAUCACAAGGCUUGCGCUGGACCAGUCCAAGUCCCUCGAGCUCUUCUUCGCCACUAACCAAGGCCCCUGGAGCGGAGAGCACCUGAAUAACAAAUCUCCUCGUCUCUGUCGCAAGUUCUCCUCUCCUCCGCCCGUCUCCAUCCCCUCACGCACCUCUUCCCCCAUCCACUCCCGAAAGCUGUCCCUCAGCUCUCCCGUGAGCUGCAAGAGCGGCGCCCUGGACCUGUCGGCGGCAAGCAGCCCGACGUCUACGUUUAACCCCGUCCUGUCCUCUCCUCCCCACACCUGCACUAAAGCCCCUCUGGAUCUCAGCCGGGGCCCCGGGUCCCCCGAGCUCAGUCCCUCCACCCCGGAGGAGGAGUUGCCACGUUUGGAUGCGUUCUGCGGGAAGCUACGGCGGAGUAUUCGACGAGCUGUUCUAGAGUCAGUGUCGUUGGACAAGUUCAUUCCUGAGACGUCCAGUGAUUCUGCAGACAUGUCUCCAUGCCGCUCGCCGUCCACGCCACGACACCUUCGCUACAGACAGCCUGCAGGUCAGUGUCCCGAGAGCUCCCGCUGUGUGGUGUCCCCCACAUCCGCCUUCGCCAUCGCCACCGCCGCCGCGGGACACAGCAGCCCACAGGGAUUCACCAACCCAGAGAAAUCACACGAUAAAGAGUUCCUCAUCAGAAGGGCCGCCACCAACAGAGUGCUCAACGUUCUGCGCCACUGGGUUUCCAAACACUCGCAGGACUUUGAGAUGAACGCAGAACUGACGACGGCUGUGGUCGCUCUGCUGGAGGAGGUUCUGCGAGAUCCAGAUCUUCUGCCACAGGAGAGGAAGGCUGCCGCUAACAUAAUGAGUGCACUUUCUCAAGAAGAGCAAGAUGAUUCACAGUUGAAGAUUGAGGAUAUCGUCCAAAUGUCCGAGUGUCCGAGGGUCGAAUGCUUCGAGUCACUGUCGGCGAUGGAACUAGCGGAACAAAUCACUCUACUGGACCAUCUCGUGUUCCGGAAUAUUCCAUACGAGGAGUUUCUUGGUCAAGGCUGGAUGAAAACGGACAAAAGUGAAAGGACUCCGUACAUUAUGAAGACCAGUCAGCACUUCAAUGAUAUGAGUAAUCUGGUGGCGUCUCAGAUCAUGGCUCAGUGUGACGUGAGCUCCAGAGCCAACUCUAUUGAGAAGUGGCUGGCUGUGGCUGAUAUAUGCCGCUGUCUCAACAACUACAACGGCGUCUUGGAGAUCACGUCCGCUCUGAACCGCAGCGCCAUCUACAGGUUAAAGAAAACAUGGGUCAAGGUCUGCAAACAGACCAAAGCUCUUAUGGACAGGCUUCAGAAGAUAGUUUCAACUGAAGGGAGGUUUAAGAACUUGAGGGAAACUCUGAAAAACUGUAACCCUCCGUGUGUGCCCUAUCUGGGCAUGUACCUGACGGAUUUGGCGUUUAUCGAGGAAGGAACGCCCAACUUCACUGAGGAGGGGCUAGUCAACUUCUCUAAAAUGAGAAUGAUCUCACACAUAAUACGAGAGAUCCGACAGUUUCAGCAGGCGCCCUACAGGAUAGACCUGCAACCCAAGGUAACACAGUUCCUCCUUGAUAAGACUCUAGUUAUGGAUGAGGACACACUUUAUGAACUAUCUCUGAAGAUUGCGCCUAGAAUCCCUCCUGCCAACUAAACGUGACGAUAAUGUUUACACCAGAUGCAGAGAUCAAGUAAGAAGCUUUAGUGGGAAUCUAUACUUCCAUCUGAACUCAAGUCUGUCCAUUAAAGAAACGACAAUCUAUCCAUUUAUUUACUUCAUUGCAUAGAAUUUCUGUAAAAUAACAUUCUGUAAACUCAGGUAUAAAUGUGCCUUUUUAAAAAAUAUUAUGUACAGUUAUUAUAUUCCGGAGUGCAUAUUUCUAGCAUGAUACAUUUUAAUAUGAAUUUGAUAAUCUCUUGAAAAUAUUCUUACCUGAAUGCAAAACAUCAGUUCCAUUUUAAAUGUCAGAUCAUUAGUGUAGUAUAAUGAGAAUCAUUUUUGUAUGUGUAGAAAUGUCUGUUUAGAUAUCAAUAAAUGACAUCAUAAGUGUGUGAUUGAUGUUCGCUGGACCUAUUUUGACAAGUCCAUUAAAAUCCGCCCGUAUGAAUGACAAACAUGAAAUGUCAAAGCUCAGACAAUCACUGUUACUGUUUACCAAAAGAAAUAUCUGUCAUUUGUUAAUGUUAGGUGUCAUUCGUUUACACAGCAGGUCGGCUGCAUUUUGCCAUGUGGCUGCAUUUGCUUCUUUAGCAUGUUUUUGUUUGUAGAUAUUUUUGGCAUGUGUUCGCAUGAAUCUGUAUUUAACAUAAUUUUCAAAAAUACUAAAUUAAUUUUCAUUAUAUUUUAAAAUGUUUUCUUUAACUUAUGUAUAAACAAUAGUAGUUUCUAUUGUUCUAAGCAUUUGUCACAUAUAUGUUGUACACUUACCCGCCAUUUUCCGGCUUUCCGAGUUUACGGUAGGGGGCGCUAUUACACAUUUUCUGAAAGAGCACUGAAUCUCCCGAUCAAACCACAGGUGAAGAAGAAGCAGAUCCAUAUGUAAAAUAAUGCGAUCAGCAACAUUAAACGGCAUAUAGAUCAAAUCGGCCUGCGUUACUGAAUGAAAUGUCGACCCAGGGCGAGAUAUAGGACUGUGAAGCUUUAGGGGUGUUGAUGAACUCGAUCAACUCCAUCUUUGUUUUGAUCGUUGUUUGAGGCUAUGUUUACACGGAAACGAUUCUGAAGAGAAAAUGCAAAAGUGGCAUUGCGUCAUCACUUUUUAUUCUGCGUUUUUGGUGGGACAUCCGUGUGCAUACGGUGACGCAAAAGAGUGUGAAAUUCAAUGUAGUAUGCACUCCAUGUGGCUAGGUGGCAACGUGAAGCACUGCCACACAUCAACACCAACG